AUGGCUCUUCCCAAGAUGGAUCUAGAACCUGUUCGAGAGAAACUUCAGAAAUUCCAAAAGAGGCCAUCGUGCGCUGUGGGCCUUCAAAAUCUUUGUCACAGUCAUCCUGCAUGGGCAUGCUUAGCAAAAGCCUACCUACAGAUCAACAUCCCCAACAUAGUAGUGUCGUCAGCGAAAAUUACAGACCAGUCGAAGCCGCCAGCAAUCCUACAGGAGGUAAUACGGUGCUACAAAGUAUUAAAAGAACACUUAUCUGAUGAAGAAAUAUUGUCAUCAAAACCUGACGAAUUAUACAACAAGCUUGUUGAUAUCUACGUUCCAAAACCCCAAAACAGAAUAGCACCAGCCAACAUCCUAAACAAAAGCAUAAUAAAAACCUUAUCGAAACUAAGAAUAAACAACAAUGCGAAAACAAUCUUCUGGCGCAUGCAUCAUAAUUGUCUCCCUACAAAUACAUGGAAACAAAACAAAAAGUUAAUAUCCACGGAUAAAUGCCCCGUAUGCCAAUUACCAGAAACUCUUAACCAUGCCUUCCUCCAAUGCGAACAUACGAAAAAAGUAUGGGAAUUCCUAGAAAAAUUCAACAAUAUUCAAAAACCAUGUAACGAAAAUGAACUCAAAUGGCUUCAUAAUAUACAUAACAAAGAGGUAAAUUACGCUAUCUUAAUAACAGCAUUCGAAGCUAUCUGGAGAAGCAGAAACACAGCGUAUUUCCGAAAAAUCAACGAUAUAACGACAAUCACGAAAUUCAAGUUCCACUUACAAAGACUACUGGAAACGAUAAAUAAUAGUAAAAAAAAUCUAAAUACGAAAAAAAUCAACAACUGGGAAAAAACAGGAAUGAUUCAAGUCUCCAAAGACGAAAACUACCAAAUAACGCUACAGAUUGUAAACGACGAAAUGUUGCAUCGCAACCUUUCCAUAUAGCCUGUUUAAUCCACUUUCACAUCGUACUGUACAUCAUAAAAACAAAAUUGUAAAUCAGUACCGAAAAAAU